AUGGGCGCACAAAAACUCCCCGAGCCUCUCACUUUCGAGGAAGUCAUGGGCUGCAUGGCCGCAUGCUUCGAGUGGGCCGACAGCUACGACUCCAAGAACUGGGACAGACUGCGAAAAUGCAUCGCACCAACCUUGCGAAUCGACUACCGCUCCUUCCUCGACAAGCUCUGGGAAGCCAUGCCCGCCGAAGAAUUCGUUACCAUGGCCUCCGACCCCAAAGUCCUCGGCAACCCCCUCCUCAAAACCCAGCACUUCAUCGGCGGUACGAAAUGGGAGAAAGUCUCCGACGAGGAAAUCAUCGGAUGGCACCAACUCCGUGUGCCGCAUCAGAAAUACACCGAUGCUACGAUGUCCGAGGUUGCCGUGAAGGGUCAUGCGCACAGCACGAAUCAGCAUUGGUAUAAGAAGGUUGAUGGGGAGUGGAAGUUUGCAGGUCUGAAUCCCGAGAUCAGGUGGAGCGAGUUUGAUUUCGAUAAGGUGUUUGAGGAGGGGAGGGAGAAUUUCGGAGAGAAGACUGAGGAGGAGGUUAAGGUUGAGGAGAAGAAUGUUGAGGCUGAGAAGACGGCGGAGGUUUUACAGCAUAGUGUGGAGGUUACGGAGAAGUUUGAGGCGGGGCAGACUGUUGAUGUUGGUGCGUAG